CCGCCAGGCGUCACAGAGGCCGGGGCGUCUCCCGCAGCACCCAGGCCCACUGGAGCCAGGCUGCGACUGCCUCCCGGGGGAGCAGAAUGGCUCAGCCUGGGCUCGAGGCUGCCUGCCCUUCUCUAUGCGACCCCAAGCUGCAGACAACAGGUGAAAGCCACUGGGAUUCCUAUGCCACCACCAUGCGGACUGCAUUCACACCGAAAACAGGAGCAGCGCCUGCAUUAAUCCGUCAAAAAAGUAUCCGAAGAUUAGGAUAUACGUAUUCACUUAGUGACCCUAUACCCAAUCAGACCCUGUACAAUGAUGAAUAUGUUUGGAAAUCAUAUUCUAAGGAAGACUUGCUUAAAACCGGGACUUCAAGAAGAAGCAGGCGCCACAAAUCUCACCCCAAUCAAGACUUGUUUCUUUGGACACUACCUAAAAGUCAACCAAGGACAGCACCAAGUACCUGCCUCCCUUGGAAAAUCCCUGCUUCCGUGGAAGAAGUUCAGAGGGCACUAUCAAAUCAGUUUGUUUCCUGUACUAAGAGAGACUUUGUGGACAUAUCAAAAGCUCAGAAGGUUAAGAAAAGUUCUCCAGUGUCUCUCGAAUGGAAAAAGUUGAUUCCCAGACCUCUUGACACUGAAUUUCGACGGAAUUACCAAACUCCAGCAAAAAUCCCAGAGCUGCAGGAUUUUAGCUUCAAAUAUGGAUGCUAUUCAAGCCUGCCCAUUGCUUCUCAGGGUCUAGUCCCCUCUGUGCUGCACAGUUUCAUGAGGAAUCAGGAGCGCACCAAGAAGCAGAGCAUAUACCAGAGCGACUACGGGAAGGCCUACCUGGACGUCCUAAUGAUUUUAAACUCCUUUACUCCAUCCCAAAUCAAAGACUACCUGCAGGGCGUUUCCCCCAAAGGAAGAGAGGAUUAAAUGAGCUGGGAGAUAUUCACAUAGUGAAAUGUUGCUCGAUAGCAUGGAGAAACCAGUGGUGGAUGACUACAACAAAUGUCUGAACUUCAAAAGCAUUAUGCUGCGUGAGAGACGCCAGACACCGAAGGAUGCCUUCUGUGUGAUUUCAUUUAUUUGAAGUCUGUGCAGGCAAAACUUUCAGCUGUGAUGAAAGAACUCAGUGCAGGAGGUGUUGUCUUGGGGCAGGAGGUGUUGGCUGGGCAGCAGCUGGAAGGGUCUCCUGGGAUGGUGGAAAUGACUUGUAUCAUUGUGCGUUUUAUGGGUGUGGAUGACAGGUACGCAUGUUCCAGUUCACCAACCUAUCACAUAAGAUCCAUGCGUUUUACUGUUUGAAAAGUAUACUUCAAUUAAAAAUGCUGGGCCCCACAAAGAUAUGGAGUAGGGUAGGGAUGGUUCAAAAUUAAACACAAGCUGUGACUGUCUGGCCUAACAAUUACGACACAGGUUCAGAUGCCCCUGUCUCACUUCAGAGUACCUGUGGCUGAUCUCCAGCUCCUGACUACAGUCUUCCUGCCAGUGCAAACCCUGGAAGGCAGAGGUGAUGGCUUGAGUAGUUGGGUCUCUGUCUCCCACAUGGGAAGCCUAGAAUAAGCUGCUGGCUCCCAGCUUUGGCCUUAGUCCAGCCCUAGACAUAACCGGCAUUGGGAGUGAACCAGUGGACUCAGAGCUCUCUAUCUUUCUCUGGAUAUCUGUCUGUAUGUAUCAAAUAAAUAAAAUUUUUAAAAAGGAAAUCUUUUUAAAAAUACAAAAUUAAACAUGGCAUUGUAAAAGCAAAUAAAUGCAAAUACAAUGAGAGAAAACUGGGACACACAUGUGCAUGCAUACACACACACACACACACACACACCCCUGCUCUAUUAGCCUCACCUGGCAUUUGUGACAUCGAGCAGAAUGACAUAAACAUUGUACAUGGUAAUGUGUUAUCACUUGCAUUUACUUCUUUCUGCUUUGGGCUGUACAGGUGACAGUUUCUGGAAGUGAGCAAAGUUGUACAACAGUUCCACUCCGUGCCAUUAAACAAAUAUGUACCAGUGAUUAGGAUUAGGGGAUCAACAUGUUUGUGGAAAACUGGAAUUAAAAGAUGUUUGUUAAAAAUAUUUUGAAAUUCAUGCAUAUCUUUUCCAUAACAUGCAUUUUCCAUGAACUUUUGAAGACCCCUUGUAGAUGUUCAGAAUCAGAUAAGAGUCCUCCAUUCUACAGGUGAAGAAAUGGAGGCCAGGAUCUUUUUCAGAGGCAAAUAAUUCAAGAAUAGCAAAGCCCAGCAAGCGCUAUGGUACAGCAGGUUAAGUUACAGCUUGGGACACCUGCAUUUCAUGUUGGAGUGCUGGGCAGAGCUGGACAUGCUGAUCCAGGUGCACAUUGCUUGGCUCCUGAGUCCAGCUUCCUGCAAUGUGCACCUGGGGGGCAGCAGAUGAUGGCCCAAGUACUGGGUCUCUGUCACCCACAUGGGAGACGUGGAUGGAGUUCCUGGAUCAGCACGUCCCAACCCUAGCUCUUGCAGACAUUUGGGGGAGUAAACCAACAGAUGGGAAAAUCUCUGUGUGUGUGUGUCUCUCUCUCUGUCUCUCUCUCUCUGUCACUCUACCUUUCCAAUAAAUUAAAAAAGAAUAAAAAAGAAAAACAAAACUGAACAAUGUUGUUGGAUGGAAAAAUAUCCCUAAGAAAAUUUUGGAAUAAUAACCUCUAUUGUUUAUCACCAUUGUCUGCUACUGGGCACCAGUAACAAAAGGAUAAAGCUACUAUUUAUUGAGUGUCUUCGAUAGGAUAGUUCUGCCCAGGUGCUUCACACAGAGCAUCCCUCCCUGGUCCAUUCCAACAACCGUGCAAGGUAAGGAAUGGGAACUGACUUCCAAGGUGAACAGCUGAAGAAGCGGAGGGGUUCAAUGGCCUGUUAACCCACGCCAGCACAGAACUGAAGCUGUGUCUGCUUUGUUCUCAGAUCCACGUUGUCCUCAGUGAGCCUACUGCUCUUUUGAAAAUUAAGUUUACUCUUGUCAGUAAUUGUGAAACUGCUUCUUAGACAAAAUAUCCUUUGAUAAUAUUUGACUUCUUAUCAAAUCUGUUUAUAUAGUACUGUAUUAUCAUAUUCUCCACCUCCUCAGAAUUUUCCUGUUUAGCAUUUAAA